AUGCUGGUUCGAGAUCGCCUUCGUGCACUGAUUGAGGAGUACGAGGACAAGAUUCAAGAAUGCACCAUGAGCGUGGAAGGGAUGAGUAUUGCAACGCAAUGGGCACAAGGCGGCACAAACGUGGAUAUUGCCACAGCGACUGGGAGAGAUUCUAGGCAAAUGCGAUCCAUCGCCCUAUUGACCAUGAUAUUCUUGCCAGGAACAUUCUUUGCGACACUUUUCUCCAUGACCUUUUUCAACUGGUCGCCGGACGAUGACAGUAAGUCACUGGUUUCAGGCUACAUCUGGAUAUAUGUUACUGGCGUCUUCACGGCAACCACGCUCUUUCUUCGGUGGUACUUUCUGUCCCGUCGUCGCCAUUGCAGACCUUGA